AUGGCUUGCCCGAUAAAACACCCUACUUUGCUCAUUCCUGGACCUAUCGAAUAUGAUGAAGCUGUCCUCCAGUCUAUGAGCCACUACAGUGAAAGUCAUAUCUCAAGCUCUUUCAUUGAAACUUUCAGCGAGACACUUUCAAUGUUACGAAAACUAUUCCAAACUGAAGAUCCUUCUUCUCAGCCUUUUGUGAUAUCUGGCUCAGGUACACUUGGCUGGGAUCUAGUAGCUGCCAAUCUUACGAAACCUGGAGAUGAUGUGUUAGUGCUACAUUCUGGCUACUUUGCCGAUUCCUUUGCAGACUGUUUUGAGAUAUAUGGGAUUCGGGCAACGCAGCUGAAGGCCCCAAUUGGUUCAUGUCCUGAAUUGGCAGAAGUCGAGAAAGCCCUAAGAGAAAAGAAUUACAAAAUGUUGACUGUUACCCACGUCGAUACGUCAACUGGUGUCCUAAUGGACAUUAAAUCUCUUUCCGAGUUAGCUCGUCGUAUCUCUCCUGAAACCCUUAUUGUUGUAGAUGGUGUUUGUAGUGUCGGAUCAGAAAAUAUUGAAUUUGAUACAUGGGAACUUGAUGCUGUUAUCACGGCAAGUCAGAAAGCUAUUGGUUGUCCAGCCGGUCUUUCAAUCUCCAUGUUUAGUGGACGUGCCAUAAAAGUCUUCAAAGCUAGGAAUUGUCCCCCUGGGUCAUACUUUGCAUCAUUUAAAAACUGGCUUCCAAUCAUGGAGAAUUAUGAAGCCAAAAUCCCAUCAUACUUUGCGACCCCUUCCCCUCAAUUAAUCCAUGCUCUUCACACAGCUUUGGCUCAGAUCCUUUCGAAACCGUUACCUGCAAGGUUUAAAGCUCAUCGAGAAACCUCUCAACAUGUAAAGGAAGCUAUUACUUCACUAGGACUUAAACAGCUUGCUUCCCGCCCUGAAAACCAGGCAAAUGGAAUGACGGCAAUUUAUCUACCAGAGCAUAUAAAGGCAUCUGAGCUACUGUCGAGCCUGUAUAAAAAAGAUGUAAUCUUUGCUGGUGGGCUACACAAAGACAUAGCUAUGAAGUACAUACGAUUUGGACACAUGGGCGUCAGUGUGAUGGACCCGAAAAGAAAUGAUAUUAACAUGGCAGUCAAAGCUCUUCAGACGUGCCUAGCAGAUGCAGGAUAUACGGGUCACCAAACAACUUAG